AUGGAUAGGAUAGUAGACCUGCAGAAGGUUUUUUCUAAAGAAAAAUACUCAAGUCUAACUGAUCUACUACUCAGUUUAAAAAACUUAUUUUCAGACAAAAAUUAUAUGAAUAAUUAUAAUGAAGAUGGUGUGAGAGAACAUGAAAUUAAUUUGAAAUAUAAAGGUCUACGAAAAUAUGUGAUUACCUCAGUUAAUUUACCUCAUUCACCAUAUCAAGACAAGGUUUAUAACUCCAUAAAUGAAAUUUUACACAUUUUUAGAGAUCAUGUGAAUAGUCUUAGUAAUUAUUUUAGGGAGUUAGAGCGUAUUGAUCAGUUUUGUUCUGUUGUAGAACCCUUGAAACCUACCUUUAAAGAUGACUACAGAAAAAUAUAUCUCGAUAAUAGGACAUGGCUCCAUGUUAAUGUAACUCCAGAUGGAAAAGUAACGAAUAUUUACCUCAUUGGUCACUCAGAAUUUUGGCAUGACAAAUUGCAGUCGGGCCUUUUGACUUGGGAUCAUGAUAAGGACAUUGUUGACAAUAUCAUGAUCAUAUUUGAUUUGUCUAAUCUGUCAUCAGCAGUACAUGAAGUGAAUCCACCAAAAUAUGAUAUUUCAUCAGAAGAGGAUAAACAAAUAUGUGGAAUUUGUUUAUGUAAUGAAUUGCCAGAUUAUCCAGGUGUACCCCAGCCACUGUGUCAGAACACUGCCUGUGGUGUUUUCUUUCAUAGAAGUUGCUUAUAUGAGUGGCUUGUAGCUUGCACUGGAGGUCGUCCCCCAACAUUUGGAGUUGCUACCGGUAGCUGUCCAACAUGUUUCCACCCAAUUGCAUGUAGUGAAAAAGAAGAUUAA